AUGGAUGAUCAUUAUUCAGAUGAUUUUUUUGAUUAUGAUGAUAAAUCGGAAUGUGACUACAUAAUCACUCUUCCAGAAGAUAAAACUGGUCCUUUGAGGAAAGCUUAUUGCAGCUCUCUUAAUCUACUUUUAAGGCGUGAGGCACGUGAAUUUGCUAAUGAGCUUAGAGCAAUUACAAAAGCAUCAAGAAAUCCAACUGUUUUGCUCAAAGGUUCAACUGGUUCAAAUCAAAAUGUAAACAAUGCCGAUACUUCCACUGCUCUGAAGCUUAUGCCAAAAUGCUCACCAUAUUUAUCCCACUCCUUGUUGAUGAGGUUAUUAAUAUAA